AUGCUUCUUCGGUCUCUGGAUUGCAGCAACAACGGCAGCAACCGCAGCAGCAAGAGUAGCAACAGCAACAGCAACCGCAGCAGCAAGAGCAGCAGCAGCACCAGCACCCGCACCAGCAACAGCAACCGCAGCAGCAACACCAGUAACAGCAGGGGCAACAGGCAGGGGCAGCAGCAGCAGCAACAGCAGCAGAGGCAACAGCAGCAACAGCAACAGCAAAAGCAACAGUACAAGCAACAACAGCAACAGCAAAAGCAACAGUACAAGCAACAACAGCAACAGCAACGGCAAAAGCAAUAG